AAUUUCCAGAGAGCACAACAUGCAAUUGGAUUCUUGCAAUAAAUACUUGGCCAUUGCCGUUGCAUUUCUGCAAACCAACACUGAAGAUUAUGGCAGAGGCCUGGAGAAGCACACUCCGGCGUUUCCCCGAGCCAAGGCCACUACACCACCCCCACCGCUGCUUCUAUCUUCUUCUUGUCUGGCUCAUCAGCCUCGCCUUCUUUCUUACGGAGGUCGCUGGAGUAGAAGGGAGAUUCAUGAGCAGCAAGGGAUGCUUGCAGAGGGAGAGGGAUGCUCUCUUGCUUUUCAAAGCCGCCAUCAAAGAUCCUUCCGGCCGCUUGUCUUCUUGGCGCGCCCAAGGAGACGACUGCUGUGCUUGGACUGGCGUCGUAUGCCAGAACAGGACGGGCAGCGUGCUGGUGGCAGAACUCAACCUUCAAAAUCCAAAUACUAAUUAUGAAGAAAAGACUCUGAGGGGUGAGCUGCUGCAUCCAUCCUUGUUGUCUUUAACUCAUUUGCAAAGCUUAAAUCUAAGUUACAAUGACUUUGAGGGCACCCAAAUUCCACCUCUUAUUGGUUCUCUUCACAAACUGAGGUAUCUUGAUCUUUCUAGCUCCAACUUUGAUGGAACCAUUCCUCCUCAUCUUGGAAAUUUAACUAACCUUCGUUAUCUUGAUCUCAGCUCAAAUGAUAAUUCUUAUUCUGCUACAACUGUCCACAGCCUAGAUUGGCUCUCUGGCCUUUCUUCUUUGUUCUAUCUGGACAUGUCCAUUUUGAAUCUCAGCGAUGUCUCCCAUAAUUGGGUAUCGACAGUCAACAUGUUACCUUCCCUCCGGCAAUUAAAUCUACAAUAUUGUAGUAUGAAUAUUACCCCCCUUUCUCUCAAUUUCCAUCUCAACUUCACUUCUCUCACAACUCUUGAUCUUAGUGGGAACAUCUUCACCUCUUCUUUUCCUAAUUGGUUGUGGAAUCUCACAAGCCUCUCGUCUCUUCAACUUUCAGAGUGUGAAAUUCGAGGAAUGUUGCCUGUUGAAAUUGGCAACUUAAUUAGCCUCACACAUCUUGAUCUUCCUUGGAAUUUGAUCUCUGGUCCCCUACCUGAUACGUUAUGGAAAUUGAAGCAUCUAACGCACCUCGAGCUCAGCUUCAAUUUACUUGGAAAUUCUUUACCAAUGGGGAUUAUGAAUCUAUCAAGCCUAUCAACAUUGUACCUUAGAAAUUGUUCACUAAUUGGUCCAAUACCCAGUGAGUUAGGAAAUUUAACUGCUUUAAAUACAUUAACUCUUGAAUCUAAUUUACUUUCUGGAUUAAUACCACAUGCUAUUGGGAAACUAGUCAACUUAGAGCUUCUUCAGCUGUCUGUUAAUUCCUUUGAGGGUGAUAUUACUGAGUUUCACCUUUCCAACCUAACCAAACUAAAGGACUUGAUCUUGUCUGAUAACCCCUUCCUUACCAUUGCAAUAAACCACAAUUGGAGCCCUCUUUUUCAAUUAGAGUUAAUUAGCCUUGGUUCCAGUAAGUUAGGUCCUAGAUUUCCUACGUGGCUUCGUUCACAAAAAUCCAUCAUGGUUAUUGAUUUGUACAAUACAAGUAUAGAGGACAACUUGCCUGAAUGGUUUUGGAACUCUCUUUCCAUCAUUCAAAUUUUAGAUCUCUCCCAUAAUCAAAUUAGUGGUAUUUUGCCGGUAUCCCUAGAGAGUUUGACCAAAUUAAAUUAUUUAAAUUUGGGUUCUAAUUUACUACAAGGUCCAAUUCCUCACUUGCCAUCCAACCUAACUUUUCUAGAUCUAUCUGAUAAUGCAUUUUUAGGCCCCCUACCACCAACAUUAUUCACACCACAAUCAAAUUAUUUGAUUCUCUCACAUAAUCAUAUUAAUGGAAGCAUUCCAUCUAACAUUUGUAAUUCUCGUACACUUGGCCACAUCGACUUUUCAAAUAACCAAAUAUUUGGAGAAAUUCCCCAGUGUUGGAAGGAGGGUUCAGGUCUUGGAUAUAUUAAUUUGGGAAAUAAUAUGCUCUUUGGAGAAAUUCCAAGCUCUGUUGGCAACCUGAUGGAACUGGAGUUCUUGCACUUGAAUAAUAAUACUCUAAAAGGGAAUCUUCCAUUAUCACUGCAAAAUUGCACUUGGCUAUUGGUUGUUGAUCUUGGCGACAACAAGUUUUCUGGAAAUAUUCCUUCGUGGAUUGAGCAAAGUUGGAGGCAGCUACGCAUUCUUCGAUUAUCCUCAAAUAUGUUCAUUGGCAACAUUGAUCCACAACUUGGAUAUUUGAGGGAUCUACAAAUCGUUGACUUUGCAAAUAAUAAAUUAUCAGGGUCAAUACCACAUUCCUUUGGAAAUUUCAGCACAAUGAUUUCAACAUCAGAUGAACAACUUCCUUCCUUUGAGGUAAUAAAAAUGGUAAUACUAGAAGAAAUCAAAAGUGACAGUAGAAGUGAAAGCAUUACUUUAGUCACAAAAGGAUACCAACUUACUUUUUCAUCUAUUCUUUAUCUUGUAAAGAGUAUAGACCUUUCAAACAAUGAAUUGAUAGAUGAGAUUCCUGAAGAAUUAGGAUAUCUUACUGGACUCUACACUUUGAAUUUAUCAAGAAACAACUUCAAAGGCAAGAUCCCAGAUAGCAUCGGCAGAAUGAGUUCAUUGGAAACUCUGGAUUUAUCCUUUAAUAAUUUAUCAAAUAUUAUUCCUCAAAGUUUGUCACAACUAAAUGCUCUGAGUCAUUUGAACUUGUCUCACAACAAUCUAUCUGGAAACAUUCCCUCUGGGAAUCAGCUUCAAACAUUAGAUGAUGCAACCAUUUAUAUCGGCAAUCCUUAUCUUUGUGGAGACAUAAUAAACAAGAGUUGCUUUCAUAGGAACAACACCAAUGCGACAAGAAAACAACAUACAAUGUCGUCGCCAAUGUUAUCAAUUUACAUGAGCAGCGCACUUGGAUAUUUUGUUGGAUUGUGGAGUGUGUUUGUUCUUCUGCUAUUUAAGAAAAAAUGGAGGUACUCUUACUUUAAGAAGGUCGAUGAAUUUUAUGAUAAAGUUUAUGUGACAGUCAAGAUAAGAUUGAAUAGAAUAAUGAAUGAUUAGUUUUUUUAGAAAAAAAUAAAGUUUAUGAUGAAUGUAACAAUAAGAGGUUUUCAUAUUAGAAUUGUGAGCUUUCAUUGUAAGCAUGGUGCUUUUAGUAACCAUAUUCUUGUGAUAUUUUGCAAAUGAAACAAUGUUAUGAUUGUGCU